GAUAUUCCUAUCUAGGAAAGGAAACCCCUGGUGGCCGGAGAAAUGGAAAAGAUGGCCGUGAGUGUGACACGACAAAAUUCGGAGGAAAUCGACAAGUUUCUUGACGGAGCAGCUAGUUUCGCCGACAUGAUGUUUGGGAUCUUGGACGGAAGCAACGAGUCAGAAGAAAAUUCAGGGGACUUGGUUUACCGUGAUGAAAACGCUGAUGACCAGGAAGCCGUCGAACAGAACAAGAUUUUCUGGGAAGCCCAACGACAGCUUCUUCAGGCAACAUUGCGCCGAACUACUUGUCUGGAAUCAAGAAUCCGACAAGCUACAAAACAAGCAUUGAGUGAGAUAGACCAGUGCUGUUGUCGGGUCGGAGGUUGCCGGAACUGUCUGCAAAGGGAACUCUCGGUUCGUCUCCAAAAUGCGGGUUUCAAUUGUUACAUAUGCAAGUCCAAAUGGAGGAGCUCCCCUGAAAUUCCCUCCGGGGAGCACACGUAUCUGGAAGUGUUGGAUAAAUCAUCGAAUCCCAUAAAGGGCGAGGUAAGGGUGGUGAUGGAGUUAAAUUUCCGAGCUGAAUUCGAAAUGGCGAGGGCCAACGACGAUUACAACACGUUGAUCGCACGGCUACCGGAACUCUUGGUCGGCAAAACGGAGAGGGUAAACGCCUUGAUCAAGAUCUUAUGCGCCGCUGCCAAAAAAUGCAUGAAGGAGAAGAAGAUGCACCUGGCUCCCUGGAGAAAGCAGAAGUACAUGGAAGCCAAGUGGCUUGGAACAUACCAGAGAACGACGGCGGCGCCUUUACCGGUGGAACACUUGGAGGCGCGGCCACAAAAACCCAAGGCGUCCAUGCUGACCUUUGAUCUGCUGGACAGAUUGCCAGGGUUGCAUUACACUCCCGUUGAACUUGUGUGGUGAAUGGUGAGAAGCUUAAUUUUGAUGGCGAAUAUAAAUAAAAUAUUAAUCAUAAUUUUUAGUUUGCA